CGCGAGUGCAUCUCUGUCCACCUUGGCCAAGCCGGAGUGCAGAUCGGCAACGCGUGCUGGGAGCUCUUCUGCCUGGAGCACGGCGUCCAGCCCAACGGCACCUCUGCCGAGCAGCCCACCGCCGACAACCCUUCUGCCGUGUUCUUCAGAGAGACCGUCUCCGGGAAACACGUGCCGCGGGCCGCGCUGGUGGACUUGGAGCCAACGGUCAUAGACGAAGUGCGGACUGGCGCCUACCGGCAGCUUUUCUCUCCCGAGCAGCUGGUCUCUGGGAAGGAAGAUGCAGCAAAUAACUAUGCACGCGGCUACUACUCUGCCGGCAAAGACAAAAUCGACAUGGCGUUGGAUUGCAUCCGCAAGCUGGCUGAUGGCUGCUCCGGGCUGCAGGGAUUCCUGAUCUUCCACAGCUUCGGCGGGGGCACCGGCUCCGGCUUCUCCUCCCUCCUGAUGGAACAUCUUUCCGUGGAAUACAGCAAGAAGUCCAAGCUGGAGUUCACCAUCUACCCAGCCCCUCAGCUUCUCACCACCGUGGUGGAGCCCUACAACUCCAUCCUGACCACGCACGCCACCCUGGAGCACUCCGACUGUGCCUUCCUGCUGGACAACGAGGCCAUCUGCGACAUCGCCCAGCGGAACCUGGACAUUGAGUUCCUCACCUACACCAACCUCAACCGGCUCAUCAGCCAGACCGUCUCCUCCGUCACAGCCUCGCUGCGCUUCAGUGGUGCCCUCAACGUGCAGCUGAGGGAGCUCCAGACCAACCUGGUGCCCUACCGGCGCAUCCACUUUCCCCUGGUGACCUACAACCCCAUCAUCUCCUCUGACAGAGCGUACGACAGGCCACUUUCGGUGGCCGAACUCACCAGCUCCUGCUUUGAGCCCAACAACCAGCUGCUGAAGUGUGACCUGGGGCGGGGGAAGUACAUGGCCUGCUGCAUGCUCUACCGCGGGGACGUCGUGCCCAAAGACGUCAACGAAGCCAUCGCUGCCAUCAAGACCAAGAGAACCAUCCGGUUUGUUGACUGGUGUCCAACGGGCUUCAAGGUUGGGAUCAGCUCCCGGCCUCCCGCCGUGGUUCCGGGCAGGGCCCUGGCCCCAGUUCCGCGCACGGUUUGCAUGCUGAGCAACACCACGGCCGUGGCAGAGGCGUGGGCACGGCUCAACCGCAGGUUCGACCUCCUGUUCACCAAGAAAGCGUUCGUGCACUGGUACGAGGGUGAGGGCAUGGAGGAGGCAGAGUUCACGGAGGCACGGGAGGACCUGGCGGCCCUGGAGAAGGACUACAAGGAGCUGGGAACAGACGUGUUUGAGGAAGAAAAUGAGGAGGAGGAGUACUUCUGA